AUGGAGGUGGCCAUAAAGGUCAUCCCCAUGUCUGGCAUGCCUCAGAGGUUCCUGGCCCGCGAGGUGGCCUGCAUGAAAGUCCUUCGGCACCGAACGUUCUCCAGCUCUUCCAGUGUGCCGGGACCUGCUGAGGAAGAUGAUGAGCUUGACCCCCUCAGUGGCAGCAACCUGGACAGUGUCAUCCAGCACCCCUGGGUGCGGCUGACAAAUGGACUCCCCUGCCGGGAGCCCUCCCAGGGCCAGCACAAGGACACAAUGGAAGCAAUGGUCCGCCUGGGGUUCUGGAAAGAGGUCAUCGACAGGGCGCUUUUGGAGGGCAGGUAUGACCCUGUGAUGGGGACCUUCCUCAAGCUGCUUUCCAGGCAGCGGGUGGACGAGGAGGGGCCAGACCCCACCAUCUCCCCAAAGCUCCUCAGUCCUGAUGGGGCCCACUGUGCCCCGAUACCGGAGGACCACUGGCAGCCUGAGGUCUCGGGGCCUGAGAAAUUGCGGGUGGGACUGUCCCCGAAGCAGGACGCCCAGAAGCCCACCACCACCUCCGGGCAAGGCAUCCCGCAGGAGGACGCCAGCAUUCAGAGCUCGGUUUCCAGCUCAGGGACCCUGAUGCCAGAUGCCUGGAAGCCCAGCAUGGCCUCCAGUCAGGGCCCGUGCUGUGGGAGGCAUGGGGGCCCAACACCACAUCGCUUCCAGGCCCCCUGCAGGAGCAAGCUCUGGGCCCCAACACUACUUUUCCAGGCCCCCACCUGGAGGGGGGGCAGGAAAGCAUUAGGAAGACAUCCAGCCCAGCCUCCCAGCUCUCCAGCACCACCCAAAUAACCCCAAGAAGGCGCCUCUUGUUCAGCUCACCGGUGGCCCUGCAGAGACACUGGGCCAUGAAAACCAUUCCCAGUCCACCCUUGGAGGCUACAAGGCCAGAGCUAGAAGAAUCCUUAAUAGGAUUUUAAAAUGUUGCUAUUUCUGUGCACCCUUCAGAGGAAAACAAAAGAGCAGUGUUCACCCUACUGGGGAUUAGAUGAUCACCAGCACCUCCCUAGAAUUCACUUCCCCGCUCCAGGGCAGCCACUCAGUGGCCAUAGUGAAAUGAGCACAGCAGCGGAGGCCAAAGCCCUGGAGAGGGGUCAGGGGUUGGGCCCAGCCAGAGGGGCCAGGAGCAGCAUGAGAAUAUAGACGUGGAGCACAGAUGUCCGCAAGCACAGCAGUCCCAGGAGCAGAGCAGGUGAAGGGCCGGUAGGGCAAUGGGACUUGUGAAGCACCUGGAGGAGAGCAGAACAGGGGAAGGGGGCAGAGGAGGG